AUGUCUUACGAAGAGCGCGCCAACGCGCACCCCAACCUGAACGACGAGUCCGAUGUGGAGGAGGAAGCGCUCGUCAACGACUACCGUGAGCAGGUCAACUUCGACGAUGGUAUGAGUGAACUGGACCGCACGACGUCGCUGGGAGGUGGCUCUCAGACCCAGGAUCUCCAGGCUCAGCUCGCUGCUGCUGCCACCCCGCUGGAAUACCAGGCUACGCUGGAGACCAAGUUCGCAAGCUACGACAACUACUGCAGUCUGUUCCACUACAUCCUCAACUCGGAUGGCCCCGUGGAAUUGGAGGUUCCUUCUUACUACUGGGCCUGGGAUGUGAUCGACGAGUUCAUCUACCAGUUCGAGUCCUUCUGCCGCUACCGUAACCGCGUCGCCCGUAGCGGCUCCAACGAGGAGGAGGCCCAGCUUCUGCGCGAGAACCCGAACACCUGGGGCUGCUACUCCGUGCUCAACGUCCUCUACUCUCUCAUCCAACGAUCGCAGAUCAACGAGCAAUUGGCUGCUAUGAAGCGUGGUGAGGACCCGCUGGCUUACGCUGGAGAAUAUGGCUCGCGGCCCCUGUACAAGAUGCUGGGAUACUUCUCGAUCAUCGGUCUGCUGCGAGUUCACUGCUUGCUGGGAGACUUCAGCCUGGCUCUCAAGACCCUCGAUGACAUCGAGAUGAACAAGAAGGCCAUGUUCGCCCGUGUCAUGGCUGCCCACUUCACCACCUACUACUACGUGGGAUUCUCGUACAUGAUGAUGCGUCGGUACGGCGACGCCAUCCGCAUGUUCAGCCACAUCCUGGUCUACGUUUCCCGGACCAAGAACUUCCAGAAGGGUGGCAACAGCUACGAUGCCAUCGCCAAGAAGAACGACCAGAUGUACGCCCUCAUUGCCAUCUGCGUUGCUCUCCACCCCACCCGUCUCGACGACACCAUCCACUCCGCUCUGCGUGAGAAGUACGGCGAGCAGCUCAUCCGUCUCCAGCACGGUGGCCCCGACGCCCUUCCUCUGUUCGAGGAGCUCUUCCGCUCCGCUUGCCCCAAGUUCAUCAACCCCACUCCUCCCGACUUCGACAACCCGUCGGUCAACGUCGACCCCGUCGACCACCACACCGCCAUCUUCAUGGAUGAGGUCAAGAACACUAUCUUCAACCCCACGAUCCGUUCGUACUUGAAGCUCUACACGACCAUGGAUCUGAAGAAGCUGGCCGGCUUCCUGGAGGUCGAGCCCGAGAAGCUUCGCUCUUGGCUGUUAGUCAACAAGCAGCGUAGCCGUCAGGUUCGCUGGGUCGAGGGUGGUCUCCUGGAGGGUGAGCCCGUGAGUGCCAACGACCUGGACUACGCGCUCGAGAACGACCUGAUCCACGUUAGCGAGACCAAGGCCGGACGUCGCCUGGUUGACUGGUACCUGCGCAACCUCGCCCGUGUGUACUAA